AUUCUACGGAAAAAUUCCACAUCGUUUACCUCUUCAUCUAUCUUCAUCGUCGGCUUCUUCUUCAUCUUCUCUCAUCUUUCUUCUCUCUGAUCUCUCGGAAUCGCUCUCUGACUCUGUCCCAGCGGACAUAUAUUUUCUUCUCCACAAUGAUCCUCUUUUAACACUCGCUCAUCUUUUGGGCGUUUCUUGUUUUUCGCAAUUUUUAUUUUUUAUUUUUUUGAUAUCAGAUUUCUGGGUCUUGGAUCGCUUUUUUCAUUUUUGUUCAAUCAGAAGCUAGGUUGUUGUGUUCGUCGUUUUGUAUCCGUACGGUUUUUAAAAAUAUUUUGGGGGGUUUCGAAGAGCAUUCAAUAAUGCCUUCGGUACCCAUUCAGCUCCUUCUUUGCCCUCUGGUUCCUUCCGUCACUUCCUUCCAUGGCCGCUCCUGCUCUCAUCGUCUGAAACAUCUCGAGAAGGGUGAUCGGCGUGGUAAUCUUAGUUAACAUUAGGCUUUUCUUUCUCUGUUCCUUAUUAAAAAAAUCAGUUUUUCUUCUUUUUUUUUCGAUUUAUUAGGGUUCUUUUUUUCUGGGGCUCUUAUCGUUUCGUGAUCCGUACGAGAUAGAAAGGGGUUUUGUUUUUUGGUUUUAGAAAUUGGAAACUUGGGUCAAGGAUUAUAGUUUGAGAGACAAAGCUUGGUUAGCGUUUUGGAAACACUUUUUCUGAGGUUGUUGCAGCACUGAACGUUGUACAAGAAUCUGAGUCUGUAGAUGGACGUUAGCUCUCAUUGGGAUAAGUUGAAGUCACAAUCUGUAGACAGCUUUGAAGGUUUGCAGUCAUUUGUGAACCAAGAACAAUGGCCUGAUGAUACUGAGCAUGAUGGUUUGGUUAAUGAACUUGAAAAUGCUCUAGCUGAGACUUUAUGCAUUCAAGAAGCUGAAGAAAUGGAACAUGCUUCUAAUGGGGUUAAUAUCAGCAACAUGGAUGAGAGAAAUGAAUGUGGAAGCUCUACAACUGAGUUGGGAAAGUCCUCUCAAAAGUUGCUGUUGAAAUCUGCAACCUUUCCAUGUCCUAAUAUGACUCUGCCACGUCAUUCUUCUUCAGGUGAGAAACCUGAAAAUGCAACGAAGGGGCUCUUCUCCGGGGACUCUCCUCACAAUGCCUGCACGCGCUCCAUAUCUUUGCCUACUCCUUCGGAACUUGUAUCUGCCAUGAAAGGUAGCCGUGAGAAACGAGGUGCACCGCCGAAGAAACUAACUGUGAGUUGGGCUCCAGAUGUGUAUGAUCCUACUCCUAAUUCGAUGUCACACACCGUGAAGGGGGGCAAGAAGCAGCAGAAGCAUAAGAACAACAGGAAGAAUUGGAAGAAAGAUGGAAAGAAAGGGCAAAGGGGGAACUCUUCACGAGGUAAAGACAAGAAGCAACAAAGAAAACCAGUUGGGAGUUCUGAUAGGUCUUCUAAGCCAUUCGAUGCCUGUGUGAGAAUAGUAGAGGCUAAUAAUGGAUUUGAUGAUAUAACAGUUGGUAGUCCAGACCCACAGUCAUAUUGUGGGAGUUCCUUCUUGAAGAAAUCGCUUGCUAACAUGCACUACCCUGUUGCAGAAGCCCUGUGAGGGGGGGGUAUCCGAGGGAAAUGCCUGCUUGUGUAUAAAUAAGUAAAAUUCUAAAUGGUUUGGUUUAUUAGUGGAUUUGCUUUUAAAUGGGUUUUGUUGACUAGUGGUAGUAGAACCUUAAAUGAUCUUUGCUUGCUACUAGUAAUGUGGGUGCACAGAGUGCAGUGAUUGUUUUCCAUGAUAUAAUGAUGUUUUCUUUGUAAAUAGAAUUUUACCGGUAUCUGGUUUGUGAGGCAAUUUAAAGAUUUUGGCCUUCCGGCAUUCUUGUCUA